AUGAAGUCCUUCACUUUGUUGACCUUCGCUCCGCUUGUGCUGUCUCUCGCUAUUCCCAGCACCAACACCAACGCUCGUUCCAACGCACUCGACUUGACGUCCCCUAUACAACAGCCGCUUCUCGAGAACAAAGACGCAUACGCAAAUGCAGAGUCAGCGGAGUCAGCAGAGUCAAAACGUGGUUUCGGCUUGAGAAUCAACCACGGCACAUUCAUUCCCAUGGACAGGAACAGGUCGCUUGCGCAACCGCCAAAUGCUACCAUUACCUACAUCGACGCUCUACAUGCUGAGCAAGAGCCAUACCGUCGACUAGAGCGAUACGCCGGGGCACUCUUCGCACUCGUGCUCUUGCUCCUCAUCCCAAUUACUCUGAUGAUCGUUGAAGUUGCUGAAUGUCUCUUGCGAUCCAUAUCCGUCGAGGAAUUUCCCGAGCGCGGAAGAGAGAAAGAGCGGGUUGAAUCUCUUCAAGACAGAGAAGAAUGGGUUCUUCGACGGCUUCAAAGAGAAGUCAAAAUCGAGCGGUCACGGCGGUGGUGGAGAUGGUCGCGACACUGA